UGGAUGAUAAGCAGAUGUUCAGUUAGGUAAUGCUACGAUCUAGGAGGAUGAAUAUAAGAACGGGUUAGUCGUGUGGGGCGCUCGUAUUUCCAUAGGUACUUGUAGAGAACUCUAUUAUAUUUAUUAGUUAUUGUUUACCUACCUACUCGGAACUCUUAUUUCGAGGCUCGUUCAUUUAUAUUGAAGGCGUGAACUGUAUCUCUUUGAUUUCCUAGUAGGUAUCCCGGAUACAGCUAGAGUGCCUCUUCUCUCACCUCGGGAUUAUUCAUAUUCAUACGUCGUGCCGUUAUCUAAGUUUCUGCCCCUUCGUUUCUCAACUUCGCUUCGGUAACGAUCCCUACGAUGGAUGUUCCAGGUUUCGCUUUGGUGACCGGGGCUGCCUCGGGAAUCGGCAGGGCGUGCGCGAACACGUUUGCUCGGGACGGCGCUGCCGGAGUUGCACUGUUUGACCUGAACCUUGAAUCCCUGUUAGAAGUCAAGGCAGAAAUAGAAGAGAAAGGGUACGCCUCCAACGGAAAGGCCUGUCGUAUCGUAGUACAUCAGGUCGAUGUGUCGAACGAGGACCAGGUCAAUCAAUCUGUUAAGGCGGUUGUCGAAGCGUUUGGACGGCUGGAUUACGUCGCCAACGCCGCGGGAGUCGCCAUGAAACACGAAGGUGGCGCUGCGUUUGCGCACCUCAGCGAUUGGCAACGUAUCUUGGAUAUCAAUCUCACUGGAUCUCUUAUCAUACUGAAGGCGGCAUCUCAGAUCAUGUUGAAGCAAGAGCCGAUUCUAUCGUCCAUCGACCAGAGACCUGUGCAGAGAGGCUCGAUCGUUCUUUUCGGAUCUAUUCAGUCUGUCGCCGGCAUCCCUUUGUCUACCGCAUAUGCCGCUUCUAAGGCUGGAGUUUUGGGACUGACCCGGUCUGCCUCCGAAGAUUACGCGAAAGAUGGUUUAAGGAUCAAUGCAGUGUGCCCCGGGUAUACCGAGACGCCUCUGACGACGAAAAAUCCGGGUGUAUUUAAGGCGAUGCAGGAGCGCGUGACGACGGCAGUACCCAUGAUGCGUGUAGGAAAACCUCAAGAAAUUGCCGACGGCGUUGUCUAUCUUGCCGGUGGCAGAAGUUCCUUCGUUACAGGUACCGCACUUAUGGUUGACGGUGGAUAUACUGAGAGGUGAAGUGAACAUAUACUUCCCCAAAUAUGUGCUUAACACUUUAUUUCAAGAUAAAAUAUCCGCCAGCAGACGGCGUCGUUAUAUCUAAC